AUGGGUAUCAAACCAGCUGGCGAGCCCGGCAAGGCCUGGCCCGCCAUUGCCAUCGGCUUCUUCGUCGCCUUCGGCGGUCUUCUGUUCGGAUAUGACACAGGUACUAUCAAUGGCAUCCUGGAGAUGUCCUACUGGCAACGCCUCUUUAGCACCGGUUACGUGAAUCCGGCUGGAAACCCCGACGUCUCGCCCUCCCAAGAAUCUGCCAUCGUCUCCAUCCUCUCGGCCGGUACCUUCUUCGGCGCCCUGGCUUCUCCUUUCCUCGCCGACACCAUCGGACGUCGCAUGGGUCUUGCCGCCUCUACAUGGGUCUUCAACCUCGGUGUCGUUUUGCAGACCAUUGCUGUCGAUAUUCCCGUCUUCCUUGCCGGUCGUUUCUUCGCUGGCUUUGGUGUCGGCUUGAUCUCCGCACUUGUUCCUCUGUACCAGUCCGAGACCGCCCCCAAAUGGAUUCGUGGAGCCAUUGUUGGUGCCUACCAGUGGGCCAUCACCAUUGGUCUGCUGUUGGCUGCCAUCGUAAACAAUGCCACUCAUCUCCGCCAGGAUACCGGUUCCUACCGCAUUCCCAUUGCUGUUCAGUUCGCCUGGUCGAUCAUUCUCUUCGCCGGCAUGCUUGUUCUGCCCGAGACCCCCCGUUUCCUCAUCAGACGCGGCCGUAUGGAAAGCGCCACCAAGGCUCUCGCCAAACUUCGCCGUUUGCCCGAGACUGACCCCGCCAUUGCUGAUGAGCUCGCUGAGAUCAAGGCGAACCAUGACUUCGAGAGCAGCAUGGGCUCCGCAAGCUACCUCGACUGCUUCAAGCCCCCUGUUCUGAAGCGUCAGUUCACCGGCAUGGCCCUCCAGGCUCUCCAACAGCUCACGGGAAUCAACUUCAUCUUCUACUACGGCACCCAGUACUUCCAGAACUCUGGUUUCUCCAACGGUUUCGUCAUCGGCAUGAUUACCUCGUCAAUCAACGUCGCCUCAACCAUCCCGGGCAUGUACGCUGUCGACCGCUGGGGCCGUCGUCCUCUGCUUCUCUGGGGUGCUAUUGGCAUGUGUAUCUCGCAGUUUCUCGUCGCUAUGCUGGGAACUUUGACUACCGACCAAGAUGCCAGCGGUAACAUCAUCGUCCUCAACCUGCCCGCUCAGAAGGCUGCCAUCGCCUUCGUGUGCAUUUACAUCUUCUUCUUUGCCUCCACCUGGGGUCCCCUUGCCUGGGUCGUCAACGGCGAGAUCUUUGGUCUCAAGACCCGUGCGAAGUCUCUGUCUCUGUCGACGGCCACCAACUGGCUCCUCAACUGGGCUAUCGCUUACGCCACUCCCUACCUCGUCAACUACGGUGACGGCUACGCCAACUUGCAGUCCAAGAUCUUUUUCGUGUGGUUCGCCGCGUGCUUCCUCUGCAUCGCCUUCGUGUGGUUCUUCAUCUACGAGACCAAGGGACUCUCCCUUGAGGAGGUCGAAGAGCUCUACAACGAGGUCAGCGUUGCCAGCAAGUCCGUUGGCUGGCGUCCGACUCAGACGUUCCGCGAGCGCACCGGUGCCGAGGCCGACAAGGCGGCUCCUAACAGCGAUGGUGACAUUGCUCAUCACGAGAAGACGGUUGCUGUCUAA